AUGCAAGUCUUAUUUGUAACAUUUUUCCUGCUGUUCGCAGCCACCCAAGGUCCUGCUGCAGCGCAAAGGAUAACGACGAUACAAUUGGAUGGAGUACAAUAUUUCAUAUCCAGAAUGAACCCGUAUAGUCCAGAGCUCAACUAUUUUCUAGCGUACCAAUAUUGCAGAUCAUUAGGGCUUCAAUUAGCAUCAUUUGAGACUAAAGAAAAGGCCGACUCAAUUACAACGUACUUGACAAACGCAGGUUACAAUAAAUAUGACUUCUGGACAUCCGGCAAUAAUCUGGGAACUGACAUGUAUUUAUGGAUGAGUACCGGGCUUCCCUUCAACGCCACCUUCAAUUACAUGAGGCGUUUAACGAUGGAUCAACCUAGCCUGCACGCUGAUGAUAGUAUGGAUCCUUUGGAUGUACCACAAGGCAGCACUGCCCCUCAACGCACUGCUAGGCAUGGAACCGAGCAUGUGAUGACAAACGGCUGUGUGGCACUCAAGGCACCGACUUUCCAUUGGGAGCCCCAGCACUGUGGCGAGAUAAAGGACUUCAUCUGCGAGCAAACGCGAUGCUACUACUACAACUACGGAUCCAUCCCAGUUUCAUCGGCGCAGGGGAAGCCACUAUCGAUGACGACCACGACAACAGCUCACCCGCUUACGUCGUCGUCGCCACCGCCGCCGCGCUCCGAACAUCUCCCCACACAUUUCACUCUCAACGACCUCAUUGGCAAGCUGCGUCCCUCUUCCCUCGACGGCCUUCAGUCCCCUCACCUCAAAACCGGCGCUUUGCUCAAAUCUCCCCCGCAAAUUGACUCACACUACUCCCGUUCCGCGGACGCCCACUCUAAGGAACCAGAGCGUGAACCGAAAGAGGAACCAACUCAAGGCCCAUAUGAAGACGACGAGGGUAUGGCCGGAGACGAUCCCGCAGCCUAUUUGACCCAGGAGGCUCACGACGCGCCCACCGCCGAAGAGGUGCCUUCCACUGCCGAACCGGAUGCUACAGAGCGGACCGUCCACGCUAGCGGCAUGCUAGCACCCCCUGCCUACUAG